AAAUUAAACCCAAAAUCAAUAGAAAUCAGGUUCCUCAGGGCAUUAUGCCAAUCUGUGAAUAUUGUUCACAUUUCAGGAACAUUUUCAGGUUCCUCAGGGGCACGAGCAACGUAUGAUACAUACAGAGACUAAGUUUCAGUCACUUACCAAUCCCUAAUCUAUGUGAAUACAAAUACAAUGUUUAAGCCACUCUUUCUGAGAUCUUUCUUACCCUACAUGAAACUGAUGCUGUAACUGGUAUACUGUUAACAUCCCAAAGACUUGGGUAAUUAUUGGAUCUUAGAAACGUUGGCUUGGUUAAGAUCAAGGCCUGGAAGUUAUGUUUUUGGACUGAAGUACUUGUAGUAUAGUAGACUAAGCUUUGGAGGAAAUGGAGUUUGGGUGGGGUUACCUCUGUUUUUUCAGUUAUGCCCAGAAAGUAUCUUGUUUACUCACCCAUUCACUCACUCACUCACUAAACAAAAGCCUGGUUGUGUUUACAGAUGGUACAGACGACAGGAAGCCUUUGAGGAGAAAGAAGCGUAGUCGAUGGAGUGAGGAUGCUGGUAGUGGUGUAGGACCAGCCCUGCCUGUACCAGGUGUUGCUAAUCCAGUUCUGGGUGCCCCAGGUUUGGUCAACCCUCAGCUUGGGGCACCAGGGUUAGUUACCCCCCAGCUUGGAGUUGGAGGCCUUAUAAAUACAGCUGUACCUCCCAUGCAAGCCAUGCCGGCCAGACACGUGAUGCCCACCAUACAGGACUUUGCACGGAAGAUGGUCGGCAGUGACGACAUCUCCCCUGAGCAACUCAAACAGAUCCGUGAACAACAGGAGUUGAACAAGAUGUAUGAGCUGAUCCUGGCACAGAAGAAGGCAAAGGAGGCUGCGCUGAUGGCUGAUCUGCCGGGGAUGAAGGUGAAGCCGAAGUACGAGUACGACUCGGAUGAGGAUGUAGAGGGGGGUACAUGGGAACACAAGAACAGGAAGCUAGAGAUGGAGGCCACCAAAGAAUGGGCAGAACAACUGACAGAUGUAAACAGAGGGAAGCAUUUCAUUGGAGACUUCUUGCCUCCCCAAGAACUGGAGAAAUUCAUGGAAACCUUCAAGGCUCUGAAGGAAGGCCGUGAGCCAGACUACUCCGAAUACAAGGAGUUCAAGUUGACAUGCGAGAACAUCGGCUACCAGAUGCUGCAGAAGCUGGGCUGGAAGGAGGGAGAGGGUCUCGGUAACGAGAGCCAGGGCAUCACUACACCUGUGGGGAAAGGCAACACUGCAGUGGAAGGGAGAGGUCUGGGCAUUGAACGGCCAGCGGAGCUCGGCAAAGAUGAUGAUGAGUUUGAUGCAUACAGAAAGAGAAUGAUGCUGGCGUAUAGGUUCAGACCAAAUCCGUUGAAUAACCCAAGACGACCAUACUAUUAAAGCAUGACAUUCAGAGGAGAGGUUUGCCUUCUUACUGAUGAAGUUCUACAGCUCCAGUGAUUUAACAGCAGUUAAGAGUACAGAUAUACAUAUAACAUACAAAUGUACAACAUUUACACAUGUAUUCCAGGUCACUGAUGAUCAGCUUAUAUUAACCAUGGUUUGUGUGGCUGGGUAACAACCUGUGGCUGCAAGAUUGUGUGAAGCUUUACAUGUGGUGUCAUUCCUACCUGUAACCGCAAGAUGGCGGAAAGCUUCACUUGUUAUGCAGUAGCUACAAGAUGUUGGGACGAUUCUAAUACUGGUAUGAUUGGUACCUGUGCUUCAAGAUGGUGUAAAGCUUUACUUGUUAUGCUUUAAUCACAUUUACCUGUAGGUGCAAGAUGGUAUAAGCCUCGCUUGUUACCUGUGCUGCAAGAUGGCAUAAAGCUUUACUUGUUAUGCUCGUAUCACAUGUACCUGUGCUACAAGAUGGUAUGUAGCUUAUCUUGUUAUGCUCGUAUCACACAUACCUGUGCUACAAGAUGGUAUGUAGCUUAUCUUGUUAUGCUCGUAUCACAUAUCCCUGUGGCUGCAAGAUGGUAUAUAGCUUCACUUGUGCUGGUAUCAUUGGUACAUGUAACUGCAAG